AUGCUGGACGAGCUAGAUAACGUCUUCGACGACCAUCCAUCGCUCGAUGCCUCGCUCGAGGACUUUGAGAACAACAGUAAUGCGCACCGCUCACCUCUCUUUGGUCUGCCGUCCCAGCACUCUGGAUUCCGGUCGGAAGAAUCUGACGGUGAAAUCGAUGACCCUACCGCGGGAGAUCGCUGGUCGCCGCCAGGCCUGCACCAGCACGACUACGUCCAAGGGAGUGGCUGGUACCGCCAUCAGCCCUAUGGGCGCAAGACCCACCUCCAUGCAAACCAUUUGGAACUAAAGCCCACGGUUGGAGUGAGCAUAUCGCCGUCCAUGUCGCGCGAGCCGAGUCCACAGUAUGAAGAUGCCCUCGAAGGCCCGACGAGGCAAAAGCCCAGUGACGAGGGCGAUGUCACUAUCGCAGCCAAUGUGCCCCUACCCCAUAGCGCAGGUACCCCACAGACCGGAAGAUCCCCCAGUCCAAUUCCACAGCAGGCCCCUGGCGCAGCGCGCCGCCCUCCCGAGGAUGAUGGAUCCGGGUUUGGUGCAGAGAAUCUGAGUAACUACAUCCGUUUCGCGGUGCGCGCAGAGGUCCAGCAUCGUGAACCCUUUGCUGCCGUUUUUGGCUACUUGCACGGCAAAUUAGAUAAGAUCACCAGCUCCAAGUCUAAUACCACCUUGUCGGUCAUAGUCCUCCUUCUGUCAGUCGCCUUCAUGCGCGCACUAUUCCUUCCAGGUCUGCCGCAGGCAAUCCCCGAUCUGGUCAAGCUGUCAGGCUUCGCGCGCUCAUUCGAGCCGUUGAUCUAUUAUUCCGAGAAUGGAGUCCAGCAGAUCGGUACCCUGCAAGAGACUGGGGUUGCAGUCUGGGAUCUGAGUGAGUCGGUGCGUGGUACGAACAUGACUAGUGCGCCCAUCAUCGUCCGGCAAUUAGACGAGCUAUCCGACUCGCUCAAGUCGCUCUCCCUUGAGUUGACCCGAUUCUUCGCCAAUGUAGACUCGGACGUCGACUCUAUCCUGAUCGUGAUGGACUGGGCCAAGCGCGAACUAGAAACACUCUCCGCCCAACCGCCCAGCACACUUCCUACUAUCGUGUUCGACAACGUGCACAACAUGCUGUCGCGCAUCGGCGCCCUCGAGCAAACGACCGAAGUCCCCGACGGCGGCAGCACAGCAACCACCACAACGCUAGGCCACGUCGUCAUGGCCGUCUUCGGUCCAACAUCAGCGCAGCGCACGCGAGCCACCCUUACCCGCACCUUCACCGAGUUCCUCUCCGUUCUGGAAGAGUCCAUUAAUAGCGAAUUAUCCCACUCAACCGCACUCUUUGCACUCUUCGAAUCAAUCGACCGCCAAUUCCUUAAUCUCCAACGCACCGUCGUCCGCGAAUCUGAUGCCCAGGAGCGCGCCGAGGGCGAGAUGCUCAGUUCUCUUUGGACCCGCGUGCUAGGCCCAGACGCAGCCGCAGUCCGCAAGUAUGAGAAAAACAAGAAGCUCCUCGCGAACGUGCGCAGCCGCACUGUUGCCAAUAAACAUCUCCUAGUUGAUCACCGGGGCCGCCUGCUCACGCUGAAGGUGAACCUGGAGACGCUACGUCGGAAGCUGGUCAGUCCACUCGUGCGCCGGAAUGACUCAGUCAGUUUCGUGGGUAUCGAGGGUGCAUCUGGAUCAGGGAGCUCCGGUGCAUCAGGUCGCAUGCUCGGUCCUGUUGAAGCUGUUAUCGAUGGCCAGAUCAAGGGGUUGGAGAGUACAUAUGAUUACCUCCGCUCAGUACGAGAACGCCAGAAAGCCAAAUUGAUGGAGAUGGUAUACGGCUCUGGGCGCAAACCAUCUUCGUCUUUGUUGAGUGGCAUUGAUGGGCAGGAAGAGGGCAUUGACGGGGUAUAG